AUGCGCAUGGCGGUGAGAGAACGCAGCACCCAUGGACGUCACAAACGGAUCCGACGCCGCUCCUUCCCAGCCCAACCCAGCAGAGGCAGCUGCCAAGUCUGUGAGUGGUGCAGCGCAGCAUCGCAAGCAACACCGACACAUACAGCAAGUGGACACAGCUCACCUCCCCUGAAUCACUCCCCUUUUCCGCUACUGCAGAACAAGGCCGCUCGCGUCUACGUUGGUAACCUCCCUUACGAGGUAAAGUGGGACACACUCCGGGACUUUUGCAAGGAAGUCGGUACCGUCGUCUUCUCAGAGGUUUUGACUCUUCCCAACGGAAUGUCGAAGGGUUGCGGUAUCGUCGAGUACUCUUCCCCUGACGAGGCUCAGCGAGCCAUCAAGGAGCUGAGUGACACACCACUUCUCGGUCGCCCUGUCUUCAUCCGAGAGGACCGAGAGCAAGAAGCCCGCUACGGUGUUCCUGCUUCAAUGGGCCGUGGAGGCUUUGCCGGCGGUGCUCGAGGUGGCUUUGCUCCUGGCUUCGGUGGCCGAGGUGGCUACGGAGGAGGAUUUGGCGGCAGGGGAGGAUACGGUGGUGGAUAUGGCGCCCCUGGCGGCUACGGUGGAGGCUACGGCGGAGGCUACGGUGGUGGCCCAGCACCUGGCGCCCCAGGAACUCAGCUCUACAUCGGCAACCUUCCCUUCCAGGCUGGCUGGCAAGAACUCAAGGACCUCUUCAGGACUGCCGGCAACAUCGUCCGAGCUGACAUCAACAUGGGCUUCGACGGCAGGCCAAAGGGUUCCGGUAUCGUAGUUUUCGCUACCCCUGACGAUGCCCAGAACGCCAUCCAGAUGUACAACGGCUUCGACUGGAACGGCAGGAUCAUCGAGGUCCGAGAAGACCGCUUCGCUGGUGGUGGAGCUGGCUUCGGCGGUGGCUACGGUGGAGGUUUCGGCGGCCCACGAGGUGGCUUCGGUGGUCCCUACGGAGGCCGUGGAGGCUUUGGUCCUCCCCGAGGUGGCUUCGGAGGCUUCGGUGGUCGAGGUGGAUACGGUGGACCUCAAGGCCCAGGUGGAUUCGGUGGCCACGGCGGCGGCUACCAACAGCAGGCCCUUCCUCCCGCUGAGCCCUCGACGCAAAUCUUUGUCAAGAACCUACCAUGGUCUACCUCGAACGAGGACUUGGUGGAGCUCUUCCAGACUACCGGAAAGGUCGACGAGGCUGAGAUCCUCUUUGAGGGUGGCAGGUCAAAGGGUGUCGGAGUUGUCCAGUUCGCCAGUGUCGAGGAGGCAGAGACUGCCAUUGCCAAGUUCAGCAACUACGUCUACGGUGGUCGUGCUUUGGACAUUGAGUUCAACCGCUCCUUCCGCGACUUUGCUGGUCUCCGAGCUUCGGGAGGUGACCAGGGCGGCAUGUAAAGCCUUGGCUCUCUUUCUUUCUGACCCAAAAGGACAGGCUGGAGGCAUCAGGCUGCGCGAUCUGCAGAGCUUCAAGACUCCUACCUGUAACAUUCUCACCUCACACUUGCUUGCAAUACAACCCCCAAAAGCGUCGUUUCAGCAAACAGCUCGAAAAUGUCGCCUAUCUUUCUCUGAGUGCGUAUUCGGCUUUGGCUUGAAAUGACAAGGAUGUAUGUCG